AUGGAAGAGAUUACAGGUCUCGGGUAUCCUCAUUGCACUGAUGAGAUCUCGGCUGUGCUGCAUUACAUAUGUCCAGCGUCAUGGAAAAUCACUCGAAAUGUUCGAGACGAUCGCUAUGGGGAGCUUACUAGCAUUGCAAAGAAGACCCCACAAGAUAUAACCCGCUAUCGCUUUAAAGUGGGUUCAAAGGUCACGAAACAUCUGAAACCUGCCUGGGAUCGAGUUUGGCCCGAUCCAAAAUCCAAAGAUUGGCGCACCAACUGGCAUGGCUUGCCUCUUGCGAGACUACCAGACCCGAAAAUAGACCAUUCUCUCUCGCCAACGUCACCCGAGAGUGUGCUUGCGAUGCUCAGCGCGUUGGAAAUGGAUGGCCCUCUUUUGAUCGUCUGA